AACCCCAUUUCUUCCCCGAGAGACGAGGCCGAGCGCGGCGGUCGCUGUCACCCGUGUCACGGAGUCCGCGGCUCUGCGUGAGGCGCCGGGCGAGAGGCUCCUGCCGAGGGCGGGCGAGCGGUGGCCGGGGCCUUAUCGCCUCCGCUUUGGGCUCGGGCUGCUGGCUGCCGUGCGUGCGUGCGUGGGAAGUGCCUCUCUGCGGAGGGACGGCUGAGGUAGAAGAUGGCUGAACACUUGAAAAAGCCCUUCAAAGACAGCCUGAGUGAUAUAAAAGAACGAAUGAAAGAGAAGAGAAAUCAGAAAUGGUCGAGGCUGGGUAAAAUUAGCCAGAUCUCCACUGUAAAAUGCAAAAGAGCAACCAGCAGCUCCAUGCAAAUGAAGAGCAUCCAAGCCAACAACAGAGCUCUAGCUCAGGCUUUGCAAGAAGAAAAGCUCAAACUGAAAGAUGCCCAGGAUACAAUUCUCCAUUUAAGGAAAGAUUAUCAAGAUUUGAGGCUUCAGAUGUUUGACUUGCAAAGAAUUCUUAGUUUCAAGGAAUCACAAGGACUUAUUGAGAGUCAACUCUCAGCUUUGAAUGAUAUAAUUUCAAAAGUUUCUCAGAAUUUACUGAACUCACUCGACCUUCUUGGCCCAGCAAAGAGUUUGUGUUCCACGGGUGUAAAUCAGCAAGUGCUUUCUUCAGUUCCUGAAAAUAGUUCCAGCGUCACAGGACGAAUACGUUCAGUAGGACCUCUACAGUGUGCUGAUGGAGAUGAUCAAGUACUUCCCAGUGGGAUGGAGGCUGAUAGUGAUAGAAAUGAACUGGCUCAUUCUGUGUCAGAGAUCUGUGAGGAAUCUGACAGUGCCAUUUCCUUAAUGAAAAUAGUUCCAGACAAAGGGCAAACGUCAGAUUUUCCUCUGAGCAACAUAAGGUCAGAGCUGCAGUACGUUUCUCUAAGUGGUGAGGAUGGAUUUGGUAACGUGGUACCAAAAAGUGUGUCCACCAGGCGGCGUGAGUCAAAGAGGAGGAAUCACCACAUACUUGGCACAGGUGUCUUUGACUCUUUAGAAGAACCUUAUUCAACAAAAGACCUUUCUAAAAAGGAUGAAAUUAGACUUGAGGAAAGUCUAGAGAAGUGUACUGUAGAAAACAUAAAUUCAGAUAUUUCUCUGAAUGAAAGCAAGGUACACUUAAAGGUGGUGUUGACACCGAUCGAUUCUGAAACUGCACAGUUCAGCUUGGAGAAUAAUUCUGUUCCUGAACAAUAUGAGUGUAAAAGCAGAGAACACUCCCAAGCAAGGAAAGAGAAGGAUCAGAAGAGAAAACCAGAACGGCCUAAAAAUACUUCCAAACAAAGACAAAAAAAAGGACAGGGUAAAGAGCCUUCCAAAGAAAAGCUGGAUUUCUUGGGUGGCUCCAGUGAUGCUUAUGACUUUAAUUUUGAAGAGUCUGUCCAUCUUACACCUUUUCGACAAAAGAAGGUGAAUGACACAGAUACUGAUGUGAGUGACAAGGAAGACUUAACAGAAACUAAUACUACUGAGUCAAGCAAUACUGAAGACGAUUCAGAUGAUAGCCUCUAUGAACCUUAUAAAUCAAAAAAAAGGAGAAGUUCAGUGGACAACAAAGAUACAUCACCAGUCUAUGUAAGGCCAAGGUCUAAAAGAUGUAUGGCACGGCUUGAGCUGAAACUCCAUAAUGAAAAUGAGAUUGCAAGCAAUGAAUCAAGUGACAAGUCCAUCAGGCAGCCUUCCGAGCCAUCUCGUGGUCAUCUUUGCGAUGUCACCAAUACAGCUCCACUGCUCCCCAGCACUGGGAAUGCCCCCAUUGCCUCAGAAGGUGAAGGGCCAGGAUCUCCCAAACGCAAGCGAAGAUGUACUCUAAGUGUGUGCUAUAAAGAACCAAGUAUUACAUCGAAACUCAGGAGAGGAGAUCCAUUUACAGAUACAAAUUUUCUGAAUUCUCCAAUUUUCAAGCAGAAAAAAGAUGCUACCCGGCAUUCUGUUAAGAAAGAAUCUCUGUCAAAAUACAAUGAGAAAUUUGUUGGUUGUCGUUAAGAUUUCCAAGUCAUGAUGGAAAAAGUGCUCAUUCCAUGACAAAAUGAAAUCCACGCCAAAAUACUGUUACACAGU